AGAGCCUAGGCCCUUCCUCACUUUUCUAAGUCUUUUGCCAACCAGUUUGUUAGACUUUCCCCUAUUCUGAAUCAGGUGGGAGCAGAGCAUGGCCGUGGGAACGAGUGCUCUCAGCAAGGAGCCGUGGUGGACCCUGCCCGAAAACUUUCAUUCUCCAAUGGUGUUCCACAUGGAAGAGGACCAGGAGGAGCUCAUCUUCGGACUUGAUGACACAUACCUUCGCUGCAUUGAGCUGCACAGCCACACCCUUAUUCAGCUGGAGAGUUGUUUCACAGCUAUGGGCCAGACUCGUGUGACUGUAGUCGGACCACCAAUGGCAAAGCAGUGGCUGCUGCUCAUGUUCCAUUGCGUGGGGAGCCAGUACUCCAAGUGUCACGCUCAAGGUCUGAAGAUGCUAGAGCGUGUCCGAAGCCAGCCCCUGACCAAUGAUGACCUGGUCACCUCCGUUAGCCUGCCACCGUACACCGGAGACUGAUCUCCCCUGGGAAGAGGGGAUGAGAGGGGAAGUCUUGGCUUCGCUUUUGGUGAGAAAGACAUGAAAAACACCGAAGGAAGUUUGAAUUUGUGGCCAGACCUGCCCCUCUCAGGCCUUCUAGGCAUGUGUCUGAGGGAAGUCUCCUGAGUGUAAGAAGUGUUAUUGGCAAAGCAAUCCAAUAAAAUAAGCUACCUAUGAUGCAAA